GUGAUGCCGCUGCGAAAAGAGCACACUGUCGGUGUGAGUCCGCCCAGGCAAUUGACGGCGUGCAUAAAAACUUCUGUCGGCGAGCCCUGGAUGUCAUGAGAGAGAGGCGAGGUGUGGGAGAACAUCCGCAGCGGAGACAGCGGAAAAGCGAAAUAACUCAGCCGGAAUGCCUAAACAUGGGUGCUGGCUCAUGCAUGGUUCGGUGCGACUUAUAGUUCAACUGGCCUGGCUGUAACUCGGGGCGGUGUGAACAGUGCAUGAACCAUUUUUUUCCCCCCUGAACUUUGUCAUCGGCGAAUGAUUCAUCUGUCAUACUCCGGGUUUGUGACAGAUAUUGUGGCUGGCAUGCAUCUGCCGUGCCCUUGAGCGGGUCACGGUGGCUCUGUGCAUUCAUUAAAUAAUGUUAAGCCACGCGUAGUUUCCUUGGCCCAUGCGGGGAGGCUGAUAAGAGUUUCCACAAAGGGGACCAAGCACACACGUGAGGGAGGGAUUGAGAGCCAUGGCCAGAGGAGGGAGAAAAGGAUGAAGGGAUGAUGGAUUCAUUACGGCAUGAGCAGUGAAUGCUUCAAAUGUCAGAACAUUAGUGAGGAUGACAUGUCGCACCAUAAAGGAGCAGAGCCCAGAGGAUCCUCUGGUGGUGCCCUCAAAGAGGCAAAGCAAAGAGCAGGCCGAGGAGGUGCCUCCCACUGAAGAUACUCCGGACACCCCUUCCUCUGACCUGUCCACGGUCACCUCCACCAAUGGAAGCACACAGAACACAGAGGCUAAUAAUGAUGAGAGUUCAGGCAUAGGGACAGAGAAAUCCUCCAGCCCUGACACUGAACUGAACCCCCUCAGUGCAUGCAGCUCUCAUGAGGAAGUUGUGCCAAAGCAGCUGGAGGAAAGUACAACUGAUGUAACAGAGACAUUUCAGACAGUGUGCAAAGGCUCCCAAGAUUCAGAGGCCAUUCUCCUGCCAAAUGUUUCACUGGAGAAGGAAGAUGAAUGUGUUUCAACCCAGGCUGCCACUGUAACUCCCCACACUGAGACCAACACCUUGUCUAACACUCUGGGUGACAGUGUCAAAGAUCAGCCUGCUCAGCACAGCAGCACCCUUCAAAGCCCUCGAGUAGCCCUCAGUAACCACGGCACCAUGCCUCAUGGUUUCCAGUACCCUCCUCCCUACACAACCCUGCCCACCAGGAAUUAUUUACCAGAGAACUGCUAUACCCUACCGCUCCACCGAGACUUUGGUCGAAUUGCCCAGAGUGCAUCAGUGUGCAAUGGAGCGACUAAAGGAGACCAAGAUGGUGCUGAUCUGAGGUCAGGAAUUGCUGCCAUCAGUCAUCCCAUGAUGGGAGGCACCCUACACAUGAGGCCUACUCUGGACCUUGCGGUUGACGAUCAUUUGGGCCCUCUACCACACCCCUAUCUGCAGGACCUGUACAGGAUGCAGACCCUGAUUCCGCAGAAACGUGCCAGCAUGGUCAGCCUGGAUACCAUUCGCAAGGACCCACGCUGGAGGGACCCAAACUUGCGGGAGGUUAUAGCCAUGCUCAGCCACCCCAUGGACCCGGUCAAAUCUAAUGCUGCAGCCUAUCUGCAGCAUCUCUGCUAUGAGAACGACAAGGUGAAGCAGGAUGUGAGGCAGCUUAGAGGUAUACCAGUACUGGUGGGGUUGCUGGACCACCCCAAAGCCGAGGUCUACCGCAAGGCUUGUGGAGCCCUGCGUAAUAUCUCCUUUGGCAGGGAUCACUUCAACAAGCUUGCCAUCAAGAACAGUGAUGGUAUUCCUGCACUCCUGAGGCUGCUGAGGAAGUCCAGUGAUAUGGAGGUCCGAGAGUUAGUCACAGGAACGCUGUGGAAUCUCUCCUCCCAUGAACCUCUCAAGAUGGUUGUCAUCAACCAUGGGCUUCAGACACUGACUGAUGAGAUUAUCAUCCCACACUCGGGCCUAAGAGGGGACCCCAAUGACCCUUCCAGACCAGGAGAUCCAGAAUGGACCACAGUUUUCAAGAACACAUCUGGAUGUUUAAGGAACGUGAGUUCAGAUGGAGCUGAAGCUCGCCAGAGGCUGCGCGAGUGUGAGGGACUUGUGGAUGCUCUACUUCAUGCCCUUUACUCUGCCGUGGCUAAGAGGGAUAUGAAUAAUAAGUCUGUGGAGAACUGUGUCUGCAUUCUACGCAACCUCUCCUACCAUGUGCACAAAGAGGUGCCGGGGGCGGAGAGGUUUUACAGCAACCCCACUACUCAAACCGUAAAGCCAAGGAGCCACCAGAAGAAGAAGGAUGAGACGGACUGUUUCGGUGGACGUAGUACCAAAGAGGAGUGGUUCAAUCAGUGCAGGAGGCACGGAGCAAGCGACAAAACAUACAGCACUUUGGAAAUGCCCAAGCGCACGCUGCCAACAAAAGGUCUGGAGCUGCUCUACCAGCCCGAGGUUGUGAGGCUGUACUUGUCACUCCUCAAGUUGAGCCACAACCAAAACACUCUGGAGGCAGCUGCAGGGGCUCUUCAGAACCUGUCUGCAGGACAGUGGGCUUGGUCCAAUUACAUCCGAGCGACUGUGCGUAAAGAGAAGGGCCUGCCAAUUCUGGUCGAAUUGCUCCAUUCAGAUGCAGAUAAAGUAGUGAGGGCUAUUGCCAUAGCUCUCCGCAACCUGGCUAUUGACCACAAAAACAAAGAUCUCAUUGGGAGCUAUGCCAUGAGGGACCUGGUCAGCAACCUGCCCAGUGGCCAGCAGCGGCCUGCCAAAAACCUGGAAGGGGACACAGUGGUGGCAGUCCUCAAUACUAUACACGAGAUCAUCACCGACAAUCUGGAGAACGCUCGCUUCCUCAUUCAGGGACAGGGGAUUCAGAAGUUGGUAGCCAUAAACAGGACAAGCCAGUCCGUCAGAGAGACCAAAGCGGCAUCACAUGUACUUCAGACUGUGUGGGCCUACAAGGAUUUAAGGCACACGCUUUCCAAGGGAGGAUGGAAUAAAACGCACUUUAAGCCGACAGUCUCUGGAGUCCCCAAAAAGCAGAAGAAUGCAAAGCUAGGCAAUGAUGACAUCACGCUGCCCUUAAUGGAGAAAAACCAAGAUGGAUACUGCAGUAAUGAUCAGAGUGACAGGGUUGGAGACGGGCCGUGCCAUAUGAUAGAGCGGGAAUCCUUCCAGGGUGUAAAUGAUAAAAGGCAUUUCAUCAGGGCCAGUAGGCCAGCUGUUGGCUUAGUGGAGCGGACUCCUCAGCCCUUGGACUCUUGGGUCUGAAGCCCCAUCUGAGAUGGAAGAGAACAAUCAGUGAAACUGUCAGAAACUGGCAUCAUCUGAUCUGCAUCCAAAUUGACCUCAUCUGAAGUCAUGGUGUGUAAAAAGAGAAGGAAUUAAAGCAAACCAUAGCUUUUACUCCAGCAUUCUCAGAAAGCAGAUACUGGAUUUUUGUUUAUGGAGAACUCGACUGAUUGUGGCUGUCAGUUUUUUCCAUGCAGUGUUUUUCUCUCCUAACUGCUCAAAUGUUCUCUGCUUUUAGCUUCUCUCAUAAAUUACCAACGCCAUUUCUCCAGGAUACUUUACAGAUAUUACAAAUAUAAUCCCAGUAUUGUUUGAUAUUUGAUUAUAAAUCAUAUCCUUGUAUUAUUUAAUUUUUUUCCAAAAAACAUAUAUUGUAUAAUAGUGAUGAAAUUCUUUAACUGUAGGCAACACAGAGCAGUAUUCUAUCAUGUUUUUUCUAUGUACAGCAAUGAGAUGCAACCAGAGCAUACUAUGGAUAUUAAAUGUGACUAAUAGUAUAAGAAAAUACCAGACAUCAUUGUGCCAUAUUAGUCAAACAAGUAAUUCUUACUUGAUUGAUUUGUUCCUCCACAUGAGUGUUUUAAUUGCUUGAAAAAUAAAAGGCUUUUUAUCUUUUCUUGUCCUUUAAAACCAAA